AUAUGAAUGCAUCCCUGGAAUUCCACUGUGGGAUCUGCAUCUUUGAAGCUGAUGCUAAAAUUACUGCGGAGGCUCUUCCAAAGGCGGAUACUGAUAGAAGAUUCAAUGAAAUCGAAGGUCGCCAGUCUGUUCACUGCUCCGAUGGCUCUGCCCCCUCCGGACCCACAGUUUGUGCUCAGAGGUACCAGUGCUGCAGUCCACACUCUGCAUUUUUCCUGUGGAGGCCCAGAACCUGAUAUCCCCCUUCUUUUCUCUGGGUCUGAGAAUGGGUUCAUCCAUGUCUGGAACCUGAAAACACAUAGAGUGGACACAGCAUUGGAUGGCCAUGGAAGAAAAUCUGUCUGCUGUGUGAAGACAAUGGGUGGUAAAGAAAGGCUUCUCAGUCAGGGGCGCGACCAGAGGAUCUGCCUGUGGGAUUUAGCAGAGGGACGGACUUCAGUGACGGAUUCUGUCUUCACGGAGCAUGUGGGAUUCUGCAGAUGCUCUCUGUUAAAGGUGGCACAGGGACGCUGGCUACUGGCCAUGGCAGCCAGAAGCCUGGAGGAGGUUCAGAUUUUGGAGCUGCCAUCCAAGACGUCAGUCUGUACCUUGAAACCAGAGGUGGGUGCCAAGCUGGGCAUGCCCAUGUGUCUGAAGUUAUGGCAGCUCAGCUGUGGUUCACAACCUGUGCUUCUGGCUGGCUAUGAAGAUGGAUCAGUUGUCCUGUGGAAUGUGUCAAUGGGAAAAGCGUUGAGCCGACUCAUUUGCCACCAGGAGCCAGUGAUGAGCCUUGACUUUGACUCGGAGAAGGCCAAGGGGAUCUCAGGCUCAUCUGAAAAGGUGCUUAGCAUCUGGAGCCUCAAUGAGCAACAGAACCUCCAGGUUUACAAAACACACGAACUCGUCAACGCUGGCAUAUCUGAUAUCACCAUCCGGCCAGACAAGAAGAUUUUGGCAACAGCAGGGUGGGAUCAUCGCAUCAGGAUCUUUGGGUGGAAAAAGCUGAAGCCCUUGGCAGUGCUGGACUAUCACACAGCAACCGCCCACUGCGUGUCCUUCUCAGACCACAGCAAGGCCCAGGACAGACUGCUGGCAGCCGGCUCCAGAGAUCAGCGCAUCAGUGUCUGGUCCAUCUAUGCUCAGACAUGACACAUCCUGCACUGCCAUGGACUAGGAAAACAGGAUGGGUGAAGCAAUUCCUAGCACUGCAAUUCCAACAUGCAUGUGGGGAAGGGGUAGAAUCUGAAGUGAAAGUCCUAGGUUAAUUCUUAUGCUGCUUGUUUAAGCUAUAAAUUUUUUCUUCCAUAGAAGAAAGUGUAUUUUUAAAAUUCAUAACAAGCAGAACAAGGCCAGUCACAAAGACCAAAGUUGCUUUGGGUUCUGCUACAGGUUUUGCAACACCUUUCCUUUGGCAGGUCGCUGACAUAACUUGUGCCAAUAUCUUUUGUAAAAAUGGACUGGAAUCCCUCAAACUGCAGUGGGGGCAGAAUAUGUCUGUUUGUAAGUCAUUUAUGUAUCCAAGAAUCUGAAUCAGUGUAAAACAUCACUCUUCCUUGAAAAUUUAUACCCAUUAAACCACCUCCAGUGGUUUCUCAUUGUCAGUUA